CGUCCCUGCCCACCUUGUCCAAAAGCGAUUUCUGUUAUGUCUGUCUCCUCUCUGCCGGAAUGGAAGCAACUCCUGCUGGAGAAAAAGAGGAGAGAGGAGGAGGAGCGCGAGAGGAGAGAGAAAGAGGAGGAGGCCAAGUUUGCCAGCAUGCCUGCCUGGAAGCGAGGGAUCAUCCAGAGGAGGAAGGCGAAGCAGGACAGUGUGGGCGACAAAGAGAAGGACAGGGAUGUCUGUCUGCUGCAGGUGGAUGCAAGGUGUCCCUCCGAUUGUCUGAGUGACACAGACAGCUUCAUAACGGUCAAUUUUGGAAGUGAUUUGUCACUUAGUCCAGAUCCAGGGCAGUGGCUGGAGGCAGAGCUUAAACCGGCGAGUCAGGUGUCUGUAGAAACAAUAGUUCCAGUCCAUGAAAAUCCAUUUAUACGCACGCAGAGUGCAAAGAGGAAGGGGAGAGACGCAGAAGCAGGGACUGAGCAGGAAGUUAAGGAGAGGGACAAAGACAAAUCGAGCCCCAGGAGUCAAGAAGUGGAGUCAGGAAGAGAGAGAGAUAUAGAGACAAAGAAAGAGAGAUUCAGAGAUUUAAGCGAGGGACGGGAAAUGGAGAGGAGCCGGGACAGGAGUCAGGGGAGGGAACAAGAGAAACCCAGGGAGGGGUGGGAGAAAGAUAAAAGUCAAUGGAAAGACUCGGCUAAAGAUCAAGCCAGGGAGCAGGAAUCACUGAAUCAAGUCAGAAAAGAGGAAACAGAAACCGAUCCCCUGAAUAGUUCAUCGUCUGCUCUUGUCCCUUGUCUUCGGACCAUCCGAGCAGACAAUAUCAUCAUCAUCGAGCAGGACAGGAAAGGUAACGAGGAGAGAAGGGGGAGGUGGAGGGAGGCAGAGAGUGAAAGACCCGAGGAGGACAACCAGGGCAAGAGAGGGAUGAAGAUGAACCUCAGGGAGAUCCUGUCAGUAGGCGGAUGUGUCACUGAGAUCCGAGCGUCUGAGGUUCUGAUCAUAAAGCCCUCGUCGAGUCCUGAAGAGAGGAACCCAGGAGGAGGAGGAGGGAAUAAAAGUUUGGGCAGAGAGGAUGGAGAGAUUAAGGGCAGCGUGGAUGGAAGGAGGGAGAGUAUGUGCAGGGAGCUCAGAACAGACAUGUCCUGGCUACGAGAAAAAGAAAGAGAAAAAGAAAAACCGUGGGGUCAGGCAACGGUCAUUAAAGAUGACACGAAGGACAGUGUGGACGAUAACGUGUUUGUUGAAAGAGGAGGGAGGGUGAGCCAGCUGCUGAGUAAAUUCGGGGAGCACCCCAAGCCCCCGUCUCGAUCCAAAAGCUCGGAUAAUUUCCUCCGGCCUGGAAGGAGAAAAUUGUCAGAGGAGGACAAUGACCAACAAUCUGAGGAGAGGAGGGCAGAUGGGAGGAAUACAUCGUUGAAAGGUGUCCCGAAGCGCUCUUUUAGCUUUUCUGAUCGGGUCAUUUCUGCCAAGGAGAAUGGUUUGGAUGACGAUGGGUAUUAUGAGAGGAAUGUGCGCGAGAGGAUACAUUCAGACAAGAGUAUGCCACCGUGGGUCGAGCAAGCAGGGAAUGAGAUCAAACUGGGGUACACACGUUUUUUAGAUAAAGACCGGUUCAGAAAAGACAGAGACAAACAUUGUAAAAAUAAAGAGGAACAAGGGGGUCCUGUGCAGAGGAAGAAUGACUCAGAAGUCAACAUCAAACACAGGAGUGAGGUCAAGAAAGUCGAGGCUUUUGACAUAAGGGCUGCGGAAAAAGAUGGCGAUGUAGAUGGAGAUGAGGGGUUCACGGUGGCUUCUGUUAAAAACACGGAGGGAAUCUCAUUUGCCAGGAGAUUGCCAAUCAGGCAGGAUGGGAGGACAAGAGCUGAAAGAGAAACGAAGCAAGUCAAGGGUCAAACAAGUUCAGAGAAGGAGCUGAUUGGAGAAAAAGAUUCAGGAUUUGAAAGACAGGCUGAAAAGGUGUCCGACUUAGGGAGAGAAGACGGAUUUGAAAGCUUCAUCCAAACUGAAAGUUUGCAGAAGAGUAAUGUGGCCGCAUCAGCAGAGCAGGCUAUUCCAGGUCAUGUUCAGUACAGACAUGAGUCGGCUUUCAAAGACUGCACAAAUCUUCUCUGUGCAGUCGCAGACAGGGCAAGAGACAACCAUGCAGGGUCAGAGUGGAGUGGUGUAGGGCCACAAGGAUCUUACCAUUCACACAGUGUUUUGUCCAAACAAACAGAGGAGCUUCUCAGUAAAAUCGAGAGAAUUGGAGAAACAACAGUUUAUCACACUGAGAAGGGAGAAAGGGCAUAUAAAGCUGCUAAUGAAAUGCCCAAAGAAAGCAAACAGGAGGGGCAAACGUCCAGUGAUAAUGACUCUGAGAACCCUGUUCAUCAUGUUACCCCUAGAUCUCCAAAAAGGAUUGCAUCCGCAGGGAUUCCCCCAGGUCCCCUUGAGAUUCAAAUCCCCAGAAGUGUGUUUUAUGUCGCGCAAGAAAUGGACGAGAAAAAGAAGGGCGAAGGUCAAGGCGACGAGGGGAAGGACCGGGAAGCGGGUAGAGGUGUCGAGAGGAGGGAUAGCUGGAGGAUAGGAAAACCGCUAAGUCGCAUCGAGUCCUUGCGAGAGAAAAUAAGACAAAGAGCGCUGGAGGUGCUGAGGCAAAAAGAGGCACAAGAUGGAGGCGAAGUUGCGGAGAGAAACGACACAGCUGGGGACAGUUGUGACGAGAGGGGAAAUGAGAUAGAGAAAGAGGGUGAAGCUGCAACUCGUAUGCGGAAGAGGUCGGUUGAAGCCGAGAGGGGACAGGAAGAUACAGCAGAGCAGACAUCCAUGACGGCAUUUGACGUCACACAGGAAGUCGAUGUGUUGAAAACCAACCCCCAACUUCCCCUUUCUGUCCCACACUCGCAAGCAGUCAGAGAGGAGGAAGUAACAAGUGGGUAUGCCACUGCUGCCGCCGAAGGUACCUCUGACAGCUUCCAGACGACUGAAGAUGAGGACGACCCGGUAAAACAUGUGGAGGAACAGCUGAGGCGCCACAGAAGCCAACAGGAACAGAACAAAGAAACAGAACGGGCAGAGGAGGGAAAGGAACUGGCAGAGGUGAAAGCGGAGGAUUAUCCAUCGCCUCUGGAUUCUGUACAAUCAAUCUCCUCUCUGCAACCACAUCCCAACUCCAUUCCAGCCAUGAGCCGGAUCUACAACAUAGAAACCGCUGGCUCAAGGUCGGCCUUGUGUCUGAAGGAGAGGACUGUCGAGAUCUCACCGGUACACCUCGUUAAAGUUAAGCCCCUCACUUCAAACGCACAGCAAUCGGACAGCAAGGACUCAUCAGGUGAAGACGCCUGUGGGUUUCAGACUAUUCAACAACAGAUAGAGCAGUUUCAGCUGAAAGAGCAGGAAGCGCUGAAGUCGUGUACGUCGACAAAUAAUCCCUUCGAUGUGAGAGGGACAAAGGGACAGCAAAGUUCCAGAGGAGGGUUGAAGCACCUGGUAAAGGACAAUGUCAAGACCCAGGAAGAAGAUCAAGAAACGUCUGAAUCCAACGCUCCUCAUCGUGCUUGUUCUCCAAGUUCUCGGCUAAAACCAACAAACCAAACCAUUACCGUCAAGGCAUCGCUUAUCAGGAGCCAAUCCCCAGACAAUACGCUGAAACCCUCGGACUGCACCCCGACCCCGGCCUGCUCCCCGAGCUCCCAAUCUCCUGCCCAGUCUCCUAGUGUGUCUCCUUCUACCACCCCAUCCCCCACGCUCUUCUCUAUCAGGAGUGCCUCUGGUGGCCAAGUAAAGAGAGGUGCCACCAUCACUAUAUCUUCAAGAAAAACUACCGGGGCGACGGGGUCCACGGCAGGGUCCACCACAGCGGGGUCCACUGCUGCAAAGACCUCAUCCCAUCAGGCCCAGACGACCUCUGCUGUGGCAGAGCCAGUGAAAAAGAAAUACCCCACUGUAGAGGAGAUUGAGGUGAUUGGUGGAUAUCAGAAUCUGGACAAGUCCUGUCUGGUGAAGAUCAGAGGCACCCCAAAAAGGGGAAAGGUUUAUUUCGAUGAGGACCAGCUGGAGCAGCUGUGUGAGUACCCAUCAGAGACCUCCAUGCUGGCUAGUACCCCCUUGUGGCGGACUGAGAAGCCGCAGGGUGAGGAGGUGCAGGAAGAGGAGGCGGAAGUGGAGGGAGGUGCGAUGGUGUCCAAAAGCACAAGGAACGUGGGGAUUUCAACAGGACGGGGACUAAUAGUGGGUCAGUUUCACCCCUUCCUCAAAAAACAUAAAGUGUAGUCAAUUAGAUCAUAGAUUUACUGUGUUUUGUAAUUCAUGGUGUCCACAGACCCCCUCCCCCCAACUCCCAGGAUUGUUCCCUAGCUUAGAUGGCAAUUUUGUUGUCUGUUUAUUUUCACUAUGUUGUCACCACAGAACCGGACUGGAGUGUCUAAACUUUCCUUAAAUUAUAUGUUUGGAAAUCAUAAAUUGUGGGUUUUUCUUACCGUCAACAAAUCUCAAGAAAGACCAAAAUCAACAACGACUUUAUCCUACUUAUUCUUUCCCUGAGGGCCAAACCCCUGAUACUGUUAAUUUCCAUGAACCAUGGAGCUUCAUUGUGUCAUAAAAACAUACAUAAGCCACGCUGUAUGCUAACUGACAUGGUCUUUCUUUACAAAAAAAAACUUUUGGAACCACAGUUCAUCUUGAUUCAGUCCUAGGAUUCAUGACUUCUCUCUAACCCACCAAAUGUGUAUUAAUUAAUCCAUAAGUAGGAUAGGCUAGAAAAAGUUCCUCACAUUUGCACCCUCAGGCCUAGUCCUGUUUGAGGAACGUUAAGCUAAAAACCAGAUUUUAAUUUGAAGAGGUAAUGAAUUAGCCAGGUGUUAUUCAGAUAAAAUAAAGAACUAUUUAACGGGGGGGGGGGGCUCUAACAGCUAGCACGCUUGCUAAGUGUCUCAAAGUAAAAUGUUAGCAAGCUAAUUUGUGCCAUAGCAAGUUUAUUAGCUUGGUAGCUUUUCACAUAGUUUAUUCAGCAAAGGUUUAUGUAGCUCUGUCUCAAGGCCAUAAUGCAAAUCAUUAAUAUUUAGGGGAGUUUUGUAUAUUUGAAAGAAGAAAUGUUUUGUGGUGCAUCAAAGCUAAUAAACUACAAUAAUUUUCUCAACAGUAGACUCACAAGAUCUAAAGCCACUGAAAACCUCUGACAAAAAAAAAUCCAGUUUUUGACAAGUGCUAAUGUUAGCAUUCAACGGGAGAGUACCUACGUUCCCACAUUUCCUUUUUCAUAAAUUUGUAUUUUUAUCCCCCUUUCUCACAAUUUGGUCGCCAAUUACACCCAACCUGUUAUCCAAUGGACUACAGAUGGAAAGUAGCUUUUAGCUAAAUCUGGUGUUUUGUUUAUUGCAAACAUUUAAUGUAAGUGCACAUUGUCCUUUUAAAUAAACAAAAUAAACUAAGUAGCACAGAGGCCUCGCAUUGACUAGCUUCCGGUCAGAUCAGUCGAGUGAAGCGCCGCAACUGGACGCAAAACCAUAGUCUGCAGUGCAUCAAGACCUCUGGAAAGCCGGGAUGGCAUGUGGGAACAUAGGGCUGACCCCCAUUCAACCACAUCUUAGCUAAUAUACUGUUUAAUGUUGUUAGACAUUACAACAGGAAAGGCGUGAAUUCAUAGCUAGCAAAUUCGUUUUUUAAGCUAGGCAUUAGUUGAAUGCUCAUGCUAGCUGCUUAGACGUAGCUUUUGGUAGCUAAUGAGUAGGCUAAUCAGUUGUGUUGUUUUAACUUGAAAUGUGGCCCGAUGUCCGAGUUUAUUGUCUAUCACUUGCCUAUGAAUCAAUAAGCGGUGGAGUAAUAAUGAGAUUCACUUUAUUGAAAUGAUUUCCAACCAGCCCCCCCCCCCCCCCCCCCCAGGUAAACAACAUUAAAACAACAUGUGUGCUUCCCUCAUCAAUAUAAAAUAAUGUCGGACACAUUUUCAUGUCAAGAAUAACAAAGAUCUGGCCUAACAGCAGUAUUUAUUUCAAACAACAUCUGACUACAUUUUCCAAGUGUCAAUGUUAGCAUCGUGGGUAUUCUCAGCGUGGUGAAAAAUUAAAGACUAAUAAAGUUCCAACACAUGCAGCAGUGGUUUUAAAAAUAGCCACGGGAAUCAGAGACACAGAAAUCUAAAACCCCACUUCGGGAGCAGGUCGUUGUCGUUCAUGGCAUGCUAGCUUAAUAGCAACAUGUGCGCUUAGAUUUCCGACAUGGCACAGGAAGUUCAGUGACAUCUGACAUGGACGAUGGGGAGUGCCCCGCUGGUCCCUCACACCGGUCCAUCUUUCACCACACUGAUGCAUUUCAUAUCAGUGGUCUUGCUCUAUGACUCUAUGGCUAAAAGUGAUGUUUAUAGGGAGCAAAUAGAAUUUAUUUAUACAUUUAUAGCCAACAGAAAGCCAUAAUUGAAACUCUUGGGGAAUGUAAAGAUGUGACCCUAAACAAUAUAGAAUAUAGCUGAGUACAACACAACACUUAAUUUCACUUCACUUACCUCCGAUCUCCAUCUCUCUGUCUUCCAGAUGAGUCUCAGUAGAAGCCAGGCCCCCUCGCCAAAAUUGCGCAUUCCAUGAGAUCUCCGACAUUUUGUUAAACGACGUCUCGUUGUUUCUAUUAUUUGAGUUGAUUUGAGUUGAAGAGAGUGUUUGUAAUCCGUUGGUUUUUGUCUCAACUAGCAUCAGAAUGAAUGAGUGUUGUUGUAGAAAUGUGCAGAAACAGUUUGGUUUGUGCAGAGGAAAAUAAGAAAAUCAUUUUUGUUUGCUGAAUAAAAAAAACAUUUUAGUUUUAUUUACAGGGAAAAAGGACAAAUGUGAAUGUAUACGUCUGGUACAUAUAACAAAAGACCCUCAGGUGUGCUCUGUAGGUCAAUGAAAGAUCACUUGUCUAUGCAAUUUAAUGAUCAAAUUGUAAUUUUUAGUUAGUUUAUUUGAUGUACAUACUUUUCUUAUUUAAAGUAAGCACUGCCUGAGCACUGAAGAGUGAUGUUUAUAUCAUGUGGUUCAUGUGCCUGCUGGAUUAGCCCAGAUGAUAUGAAGAUACAUUUAUAUAAAAUAAAAACUGAUUUUUUUGUUGUUGUUGUUGUUUUUUUUUGGACUGAAGCCUUUUAGAAUAACCUCCUCUCAGCAGGCGUUGUCUUGAACGUUGCAGAAUUUUGGGGCGGUGCAAUGUGGGAUGGUCGUGUGUUUUGUGUUGUUUGGUUGAGCCUUACUGUUCACAAUAACAACUCUGGUAACAGCUCAGUGAAUGUGUGUGGAUGUAAAUAAAAGUAUUAUCAUGUUAUUCUUCAUUAUGUGGACGAGUACGAGCGAUUUGUGUGAGUGAGAGUCCCUAAGAGGAAGUUGAAAUGACAAAUAAACUUCAAUAUAUCACAGCCACUAUCAGACGUGUUGGUUGUAUAAACUGUAUAAUAACAUACAAGAGAGUUGCUUAUCUGUAAAUGAAUGUUUAAUUGGUUGAAGAUGAAGUAAUGCAAAUUCCAUGCAAAACUUUUUUUGUUGUUUUGUUGCAAUGAUGGUUUAAGAA